AUGAGUUCUUUGAGUGUUCCUGCUCAGCGAAGACGGGCUUUAUCUGUUAACAAUGCGACCCAUCUGGAAAAGGAAGCCAUGAACAAUGCAUUGGAUAGUCUGCAAAAUGAUCUAACUCUGAUAUCUACACAGUGGAACAAAGUGAUUACAGCGGAGGCCAACCCUCUGGAAUUAGCACUCGCAUUUUUAGACGACACAUCGGUGGGCCUUGGACAUCGUCACAAAGAAUUUAAACAUUUGAGCUCGAGACUUGGUAACGACCUUCAGCGUGCCGUAAACGAACACUAUCAAGCAUUCAACACCAACAUUGCAUCUUAUGAACAAAUAGUGGAGUUUAUAAGCGAGUCCCAGGAGCUCAUUGGUACUACCAAGGAUAACAUUGUGGGCCCCAUUGCGAGUCUGGGUGACUCUCAGGCUCAACUCGAAGAACUUAAUGAAAGCUCGCAGAGAUUGAAUCAGAUGCUAGAGGUCUUAGACGCGGUGGAGCUUAUUCUGGCUCUUCCGGACUCUGUUGAAGAGCUCAUCAAGCAGAAAUGUUACCUUCAGGCCAAGGAAGCCUUAGUUCGUGGAUUUUCAGAGGCCUCCCAGCACAACAUUUGGGAAAUACCAGCGCUGCAUACCACGAAGCAAAUGCUAGAGUCUCAAAAACACACUCUAUUCGAAACACUGAUCGAGGACAUAAAUGAUCUGCUGUACUCCAAGAGGCUAAACAUAAGUCCACGAUAUGAAGUCAAACCAACCCAGCUAAAGGAUGGUGUCUACAACAACAUGGAGAAUUUCUUGACUAGCAGUAUUGACUUGGAUAUCGAAGAACAGGCUACAACUGUAAAUGAAGAACUCGAGGCGUUUUUGGACAAGCUGAAAAACUCAUUUGCUUCACCAAGCAAGUCCUUUGCCCCGCUUAACUCACAAGGAAGUGUCUACGAAAAGGUUUUCAUGAUACUCAGCAUAUUGAAUGAUAUGGACGAGCUACAUCCUGCAUUAAUUAGUAUCGCUGGGCGGGCUAAGGAAGAAAUUCACAACAUUAUUGCACAGGCAACGGAUGCAAUGAGGGUCAAACAUCCCUCGUUGAUCAAGUUUUCCGUGUCCCUGGAGAGUGAGAGUGUCUUUGAGCUCCCAGGACAGGAAGUGAUCUCGCUUUUCCUGCAGAAUGUCUUUUGGGAAAUUUUUUUAAAGCUUUUGCUUACUCUUCAAGGUCACAGAGUGGUUUAUGAGGUAUCGAGAGCUUUGCAGCCAUCUUCCGUAGUUGGCGAACGAUAUCGUUUGAACGACAUCUGGAACAAGUUGCUCGAUGAAGUCAAUCAGCUUUUGCUGAGCUAUACCAUCGAUCCCAAAAUACAGGGCAUGCCUAAAAACAAACUAUCCAAGAUGCAAUCCACCCACCAUCAAAAUGACUUGAAGAAGCCCUUGACUUUUUCAAUUCAAAAUAAUCUAGACGAUAAAUCAUCCACCAGAAACCACGCGAAUGAUUUGAGGGAUUUGCUGAAGGAAAUGUUUCCUGGAUUUUCGGCCACCACCAAUUUAGAACUGAAGUCUAUUUACCUUGAAGAAGAGGCAUUUGAGCUAGAUGAAACAUUGGUGCCUGCCAGAGUCUUCAACAUGGCAUUUAUUUUAGAAUCCCUCUUACUUUUUGUCCAAGGCAGCUCUAGCGUCUUACCCUCUAAUAUUGAUGGCACAGAGGCACCGAUGACCUUUUUUUCCCGAUUCAUGGAUACCAAGUAUCUCCCUCAGUUGGAACUGACUCUAACUUACCUAUUCAAAACGAACAUCGAAACCUUGAACCCCUACGCCAUCGAGUCUCAACCUGAUAGUCAGCCAGUCUUCAAAGCAGCACUUGACUUCAAAGAUUUGUUUCACCAUGUUCUAUGUCUACUCAAUGUAUUUCACGGAUACAAAGCUAAACUUGUCAGCGUCGUGCUUAAACUGCUUGAUCGCUUCUGCGCUUACUACCAACGAGUUUCAGCUAAGCUGCUAGGAGCGUCUGAAAAUCCUAUGCUUGACAAAAAGAUAAACAGUAUCUGGACCGAAAACGCCAAGCUGAGAGAGCUCACCAGCCAAGUUUUUUACGCCAACGCGACGCGUGUAAAGGAGGAGAGCUCUGAGCUUUUAAAAGCAUGUCCCAAAUUUUAUCAAAAGGGCAAAAAUCUCAAGAAACAGGACAUAUUCAAUUCUCUUACGGUAGACACGGUAGCGUCGUUUUUAAGGACCUUGAGUGACGUUAACGAGUGGCUUCUGCAAUUAAGAAAGGUAUCGACUGCUGUUGGUGUUCAAGAAACUGGUGCGGAGCUGCAGGCAAAUACGCUAAGAAAUGAAUGGUCACUAUUUGGAGUUUCGAGUGGAGAGAAUGCCAUCAAUUAUAGAGGCUUGAAGCUUACUUUGGACGACUCGGCUGCCAAGAGGUAUGAUAAUGCCCUAGAUAAAUUGAAGGCCGUCGAAUACAAGCUAUGGGCAUCUCUCAGAUACGAUAUAAGAGCACGCUGUAUCUACUAUGUGACCAGAUUUCUACAAGAUUCAUCGUGGUGUCCAGAAUCUGCCGGUGUGGAUCUUGACGUAAACAUCACAGCGUUGACUGCAGAGCUCACUACUAUAGAAAGCAGACUGGAGGAACUUCUCACGCCUAGACAAAAAGAGCUGGUCUUCGAAGGUUUAUCUGAGAUUCUGAAUAGCAUUCUCAUUGAAAGCGCGCACGGGAUGCUGGCUCUCAACCACAACGGGGUGAAGAAAAUGACUAAAAACAUCAAUAUACUACAGCACAUAUGUCGAAGCGUUGUUUCGUCGCCCGAAAACGUAAACAUGAAACCAGCCCUCGAGUUUUUUGCCUUGUGUGGUGCUACAGAGUCUAUUGUGGUACAGCGUGCCAAUGCUGGUGAGCUACAAGAUUUUAGCUUCGACGACAUCAAGAAUAUUCUAAGAUUGCAACUAAGUGAGGAAUUGCAGCGUCAAACUAGACGCGAAUCUGGAAUGGCGAGGGCACCUUCAAUAUCGGCCAAUAAACGACUAUCGGACGCUGUUGGUCGUCUGCAUUUGACCAGGAGAACCGAAUGA